AUGUUUAGCGUCUCUUUCGUUCCUUCUUCAGUUUUCUUCCUCUCUUUUCCUCCAUUCUCCUUUCAUCGCAAAUUAUUUCCACCCGAGUCUUGCUUAAUUUGUAAUUUCUUGUCAUCAUUACUCUUCUUUGGACUUUCUUUCUUCACUUUCUCUUCCAUAUAUUUUCUUCUUGUGUCGCUUCCAUUUUUCACACUUUUUUUAUUUCUUUCUAACUUUCUUUCUUUCUUUUCAUUUUAUACCCUUUUUUUGUUUCCUUAUUUCUGUUCAUCUAGCUUUUAUCUUCUGUUUCGCUUCCAUUUUUCACCCGUUUCUUUCUUUCUUUCUUUGCGUUUUAUAUCUUUUUUUUCUUCCUUCCUUCCUUCCUUCCUUCCUUCCUUCCUUCCUUCCUUCCUUCAUUCCUUCCUUCCUUCCUUCCUUCCUUCUUCGGUUCAUCUAGUUUUUAUUUCCUGUUUCGCUUCCAUUUUUCACCCUUUUCUUUGUUUCUCUAUAACUUUCUUUCUUUCUUUCUUUCUUUAUCUAUUUAUUUCUCCCCUGUCCUUGUUUUCGUCUUCCCUUUUUCUUCUUUCCCUCCUUCGUUUUUCAUUUAUCUCAUGUUUCACUUUCAUUUUUCACCUCUUUCUUUCUUUCAUUCUUUCUUUCUUUCUUUCUUUCUUUCACUGCUUUUUUUCUCUCAACCGUCUUCAUUUUCUUUCCUUCUUUCUCUCUCACUUUAGCAGUCUUUCUUUAUUUAAUGUUUCUUUUACUCGCUUUCUUAAUUGUACACUCUUUCUUUCUUUCUUGCUUUCUUUCUUUCUUUCUUUCUUUCUUUCUUUCUUUCUUUCUUCCAAUCUUUCUCUAAUUAAUAUUUCUUUUACUCUCUUUCUUUCUUUCUUUCUUUCUUUCUUUCUUUCUUUCUUUCUUUCUUUCUUUUCUGCCUUUCUUUGCGUUUUAUAUCCUCUUUUUCCUUCCUUCUGUUCAUCUAGUUUUUAUUUCCUGUUUCGCUUACAUUUUUCACCCUUUUCUUUAUUUCUCUAUAACUUCUUUCUUUCUUUCUUUCUUUCUUUCUUUCUUUCCCUGUCCUUGUUUGCUUCUUCCGAUUUUCUUCUUUCCUUCCUCCGUUCAUCAUCUUUCUGCCUUUCUACAUCGUUUGUCGAUUCUCUAUUCGUUUCCUUCCGAGAUAUAUGUGCUUCUAAUGUUCUCUCUCUCUCUCUCUCUCUCUCUCUCUCUCUCAUAUCUGCCCAUAUCUAUCUAUUUACCUAUCUAUCUCCGCAUAUCUAUCUAUCAAUCAAUCUAUCUUAUAUCUGCGCAUAUCUAUCUAUCUAUCUAUCUAUCUAUCUAUCUAUCUAUUUCUUUUAUAUCUGCGCAUAUCUAGCUAUCCAUCUAUUUGCGCGUAUCUCUCUCUCUCUCUCUCUCUCUCUGUUUUAUAUAUUCGCAUAUCUAUCUACUUAUCUAUCACUUUUAUAUAUGUGCAUAUCUAUCUAUCUAUCUAUCUAUCUAUCUAUCUAUCUAUCUAUCUAUCUAUCUAUCUAUCUGCGCAUAUCUAGCAAUCUGCGCAUAUCUAUCUAUCUAUCUAUCUAUCUAUCUAUCUAUCUAUCUAUCUAUCUAUCACACUGA